AUGCACGUACGUGAUGCUCCCGCCGGGGUCGACUAUGGCGUGGUGCUGCCCACGGUCGGAUGGUGCCCCAGUGCGCGUCUGGCCGCUUGGUGGGCGGUGAGGGCGCGUCUGGCAGCUUUCGUGGUCGCGACGGCUCUCGAGGCUGCGCAGAGCAGUCAGCAAGCAAGCGCUGCGGCUGGUGCUCGCGGCGACGUCUCAGCGAGUCAGCCCGGGUGCGGUGCGCAUGGGCAGCCACGCGGAGACGGUCAGAAAGCGGUGGCGAGCGACGGGGAUAGGCUGCUAGAGGGCAGUCAUCGGGCGCGCUCCGGCCUACAAGGAGCUGGGCCUGGCGGCAGCAUGAGGCGUUUAUGGCGACAGGGGGGCGCCCGUAGUGACGGGCCACCUCUUUUGGGCCUGUGGGCGGUCCAGGGCAUGCCCACCAUUUAUUAUCGCCCCGAGCGCUGCUCGCUUCGUGGGUCCUGCCUUAGACUACUGCGUCCGGAUACUAUAUACACAGCUGCACCGCUCCACCGCGCAGCUGCACCUGCCCUCCGCCGCGCCUUCCCACGCCCACGCACAACACACCGCACAUCUACCCUCGCCGCCUCUCUUCUCUAUGUGCGUCGCCGCCCGGUAGCAGCAAGGCGCUUGAUCGUCGAGCCCGCAGCCGACCGCCCUGACGCAAUCACGUCGCCGUCGACGAAAGCGGACGCACCCGCACCCGACCAACACUCCACCUCAUACUGCACUUGCACCCCGCCCACCGCCACGGCGCCCCACGCAAACAUGCCUCUGCACGCUGCGCGCCCCAUUGUGCGCGUCGAGCACGGCUCCAUGCACACCAUCGAGACGCGCAACGCCGAGAAUCUUUUUGGCUUGUGGUCUGUCUUCAAACAAUGCUCGCCCGCCAUGGAAGACGGCAAGCGCUACGAAAACAUGGCCUGGAGAGUCUGGUCGCGAGAGACCUUCUGCUGCCAGCCCGUCCACUCCGCCCCUUCGACGUGGUCAUUUGACUCCAAAAGCGCCGUUACCGACGACGUCCCAGAGCUCUCCUCGAGCAUAGCGUCCGACGACUCUGCAGCCGACAGCGCCAUUACCGCGACUACUCGCUCCAACUCGUCCUCGCGCCCGGAUCUGCGCCGCCACGACUCUAUCAACAGCCAGGCCCGCGGCAAGCACAUUGCGCCCAUCGACCUGGAGAAGGUUGUAAAUUCCAUCCAAGAGAAAAAGGCCAUCGAGCCUCUCUCGCCGCUGCCGCCACAGCUCGCCCCGCCCGUUGCAAAGGAGACGCCGAAAAAGCCCGCCCAGGACACCAACACUACGCCCCGGCCCUCCUCGCCUCCUCCGACUGCCCGCCUCAUUCCUGAGUCUUCAGCAUCGACAAUCGCCACACCAGUGGGCAGCGACCCAAUGAGCCCGAUGGUUGGUUCCGAGGUCAGCACCUCUACCGACGUUAGCGCUCACAGCGUCGUCCACGGUUUCGACCCAAGCAGGAUAUCUACUUCUGUUCGAUCCAGCACCAACCUCAACCCUACCCCGAUUCUCAAGUCCAGCUUCAUCUCCAAGCCGCCACCUUCCAGGGCCGAGCCAGUACGAAAGAAGGCACCCAUGUUCACCUUAGGCGGGUCGUCCGACGAGGACAACAGCAGCUCGCUCGAAGCCUACUCGCUAGCAAAGCGCAGCUCGCUUUCCGACAACCUCAAGAAGGCCGGCCUCGUCCGCAAAAACCUGUCCUUCAACAAUCAAGUCACCACCCGUACGAUCCACGACCCCACAUCCGAGGAAAGCGAGGGAGCCAUCGAAAGCGAAUCCGAGGAAGACUCCGACGACAACGCCAUCGAGGAGGAGGAUUCGGACGAAGAAUGGGAGGACGACAACGAUGACAGCGCGGUUGCCAGCAUAGAUGAGAGGCCCAUGUUUCAACGUGUCGACUCGCAAGCCAACCUCGUUUCCCGUCGAUCUUUACUCACUACUAUGAUGCACCAGGGAGACCGCGCUCAAGCACUCCAGAAUGCUGCAUCUCGCUCGACUCCGGCAAUUCGACGCUCUCGCACCUCUACUCCCAAUGGCCCAUCUACUGGAAACUCACCCCAGGAAGACGCAGGCCUCAUGAUGCGGCAGCAGGCCACCCGGUCAAAGCCCAUCAUCAUGACUACCUCCAACGUACAUCCCCCAGCACUCUCUCCACGCACUACUCGUCGCAACAUGCUCCAAACGGAGCUGACAGCAUCAUUGCGUUCAAACCUCCUGUGGGAGAGACAGCAAAAGAACGCCACCACCAACGCAGUGAACAAGCGAGCUCAGAGCGCAGUGUCUAUGCCUGCAAUGCGCCGAGCCGCGACGACUAGCGACGUGAAGGGAUUGCAAGCUCACGCGCAACAAACCAACAAUUUGAUCAAGGCUGCUACCCACCGGGAAGCGGCUAAAAACAACUCAUAUAACGAUUAUUUCGACCAGGGCCUCCAAGAGUACCACCAGAAAGGAUGGUAG